AUGGGGCGAUACGGUAGGCUAUAUAUAAGAACGCCGCUGCUGUGAUGAUGUCCCAUCAUUUCGCUCUCGGAAACGGUGGCACUCGGAAGUGUUGCUGCUGCUGCUGUGUACGCGAAACCCGAACAAGUAAACGGAAAGACGAGCAUUUCGGGCAACAGCGAGUUGCAUUUGGAUCGUGGUACAGCUGGUGUUGUCUGUAACUUCAAGCAAAAACAAACCGAAAACAAAAAACCCCCACCCGGAUAGAUCCCGUCUACACGUGGCGAGUGUUUGGUGUUAGUUUAAAUUAACGGAAAAUUAACGACCAUUGUGAGGGGCGCACAAAAAUCAUAGUAAGCGGUGCAGUUAAGACAGUUGGAAGCAAACAAAGCUUACUAUUUUCAAAAAAACAAAAAGAGGUGUGCCAUACGGCUUGACGCAUACGGCUCCAGGAAGGAACGGUGUAAAUUGGUGAAUCGUACCGGUUUUUGUGUGGCGUAAUUUUUUUGGCAGUUAAAGUGAGACAGCCACCGUUUAGCAGUGGACGGCGCAAGAUGAAUAAGUGUACGGUGGGAAGACUGUUGAUCUGCUUACUGAUUGCGUUCAUUGCGGGAGCGCACGGUGCCAGCAACUAUCUGUACGAAUCGGACGAACGGUACCCGGUACCGUCCAAUCUGCUCGAAGAUGACGUCGAAGACAGUGACCGGGCGAGUCUUACGGACGAUGGGCUGUUAGAAAACUAUUUACAAGGAGGAGCCUCAAAACGAUCAUCCCUGAUCCAGGUUUACCGAAGGGGCUGCAUUCCACGGGGUGGCAACUGUGAUCAUCGGUCGAACGACUGCUGCCACAACAGCUCCUGCCGAUGCAAUCUCUGGGGCUCCAAUUGCCGCUGUCAACGCAUGGGUCUGUUCCAGAAAUGGGGAUGAGCGCUGAACGAGUUGAAUCACUAAGCUCUUCUCAACUUUUCUCGAUCGCUUUAGUUAUUAUACAUGAAUUUGUUAUAUUAUGUUUAAAAGGAUGUUAAUUUUUUUUGUAUUUUUUUAUCUACAACUAUGCUAGAUGGAGUAAUGAUUUUGAUUGUUUAUAUUCACAACUAUAAUUUUCUUACACAAUGAUACAUUGAAUUACUGGAUUUUUUUCAUAAUUUUAAUUGUUGCUUCAUACAAUAAAUACGACAACCAGAACCAUGCAAACGAUAUAUCGGAAAACGCGCUAUCUAUCACGGAACACGAAACACGAAAAGCAAAUCUGAUCACGAACACGGAACCUAACCUUUACGAUGCAUUGUAUGUAACGCGCAACGUUUAUUGCAAACACAAAUUACUUCCUAGCUGCUCUGAUGGUGAAUUAAGGAUUUUAUAUAAAGAAGCAAAACAUACAUUUAUAUAUAUACACAAAUAUAUACAUAAAUAUAUAUAUACACGUACAUAAAGCAUACAGUUACGCAACCAUUUUACGAUUACGCCUAGCUCUAUCGAUGUGUGCGGGGCAACAGCAUUUGACGCACUCCGAAGUGGCUCCCUUGGUGGCUAGCAGAAAGUGGGCACCAUUUUGCAGACCGGAGUUUGAGUCACUCGUAAAAGUGUUCCCUCAGACAUUGGGGUCAUUAGAACAAAAAAAAAAGCACACACACGUAAGCAUGCACGCUGCUAACGGUCCAUACGAAGAAGUGUCCACUGGUUCAACUGGUUCAAGAACAAACAAAAAAAGGAAAAACACCCACUAAAAACGCUUUGUUUCUUCGCUGUCUGUCCUCCUUCAAAUUCCGGAACAUUCAGACAGAUCUGACUGAUGGUGUGGUGACUGGUGACUGGCGAGAUCACGGGGUGGGGAUGACGAAGCACUGUUACUGUACUAGGGUAAAAACGGGGGGUUGAAAACAUUAAACCGCUGCGGUAAUUACAUUUCCCAUUUCUACUAUGCAUGAUAACGAUAAAUGUAAAAAACCAAAAUGUCUUAAGCGCUAAGCUUUCUUGAUGUGUGUUUGUGUGUCAAAUGCCAGAAAUGCGCAUUUGGUGGUAAUUUAAAUGAACAUAAAAUACAUCUUUCAAGUGGAAAAUAAAUAGUUUUCAAUGUUGAUUUUCUUUUUUUUUGUGUUAGAUAAACUUUUUUCUUUUUGGUGCGGGGAAGAUAGAUUCUAGUAUAGUUAAUGUGAUUUUUUGUACGUUUCGUAAUUGAAAUUGCACAAGAAUUAAAUUAUGUAAGUGUUUUUUUUGUUUAAGUUUCAAUAAUAACUUUGUUUUUAAUUUUUAGAAUGAUUUAAAAAGAGAAUAAAACUCGAAAAAAAGGAAGACAUUUUAAAGAAGAAAACAAAAGUACCCAAAUAGAGAACAUCCAUAAGAGAAAAGAACAAUUGCAAAGCAUUCUGUCCAGAAUAAGAGAAAGAGAAAGAGAGGAAGGUGAAAAAAAGAUGCACUAAUACAUUGGAUGGAAAAUUGGAUUUGGAACAAAUUAGUCCUAUGAUGUAAAACAGUAACAGUAAACAGUUUUCCUGGUAUCCUGGGGAUAAAAAUGAAUCACAUAGAACUACAUAAAACCACAUAAAUUUAACCAUAACUUAUACUACCACAAUAACGGAUGAAACAGAUGAAUCUACUAAAUGUGACCUCCUGUGAGUGCCAUGGUGCCCAGCCACACAUUACCGCAUCACCGCAGGUUAGGACGCUUUAGGUCACAGAUGUUUAAUUAUGUUCGAACACAGUGGAAAGUCCUUCUGCCACAUACAAUUUCUUUAGUAAAAACAUUAAACCGAUCAACACACAAUUUAUUGACAAUGGAAAUAUCCCUGGGAAAACCAAUAUUAGUGUCAGUUCAUAAUGCUACAUUCGUCGAAAGCCCAUUUUGACAGCUAAUUUAAUCGACCGAAUACACCGAAAAAGACUCUCCCCAGAAGGGUAAUGGUUGUUUGCUGAACCAGUUAGUUUCGAUUGUGUUCCCCAAAAGCAAAAGAAAAGUGGGUAAGAUGUCGCUACAGUUAGUGUUUCCUUACCCGGCUGGUGUGGAGCAUCAGUUCCGUUCGAUUCCGUGGUGCGAUUGUGUUACCUUCUGCGCCAACAUCAUCAUCGGUGCACAAGCGAUGUCGAGAGGUGGACCGUUUCCCAGCCUUUCAAACAAACGAUAGUAAAAUUCACCUCUCGUCACCGUCGGGUACAUGAUAGUCGCCAUGGAGUGUUGGGCGAUUAGUUCUGAUUAAACCACUAUCACCAGAACGGGGGCCGAUUUUCUCUAACCGUAACAGUGAACCGGUUUAACCCUUUGCGCGAGAGCCUUUUCAUCGAGGCAAAUUUCAUUCGAAGUCAUUUAUAUCUACCCAGUAAGCAUCUAGCAUCUAGUGUCGCGUAUAUAUACAUGUAUAUGUUGAUGGACGAAUUGCAAUUAUCCCAUCCCAUCCUUUCCAUCCCAUGACUAGCAAAAAACCAAACCAAAAAAAACAAACAAACAAACAAAACACAUCAAGAUAGUGUCGUUUGAAGUCGUUGCUGUACUUAAACAUAAGAGAUGUAAUUGUGACCACCUAAUGAAACACUGAACCAUAAUAAGAUAAAGCUUCAAAAGACUCUACGAGACACCUGUAUCGAGUGUGUACUGAUAAUGAAGAUACGUGUUUUCUUUUUUUAUUUCAAUCUAGUGUUGUUGAUUUGUUUUAUGCCACGGCUGGCAGGGUGCGGAGCCGUCGGAACAAAAACCGUUUAGGGAAUCGAUGAAGUGUACGUUGAAGAUAAUAAAAAAAAACAAGAAUGAUGAGAAAGGAAAACACAUGAUACAGAGAGAAAGAGAGGGAAGGGAGGGAGAGGGAGAUAGAGAACGGAAUUGUUGGAGUGAAAGAAAGUAUGAUGAAGGAUGAACAAAUAAAACAAUAUACAAACAAACCAAUGCAAAGUUAAUCACACUGUUAGACACUGUUGCAAAAUCAUAAA